UCUAUUUUGGAUUUACAUGUUUCUGAUUUUCUAACGUAUAAACUUCAUCUUAUCACCUUAUCCAGUUGCUGAAUUUUGUUUAUUUUAGUUUUACACACAAUUUUGAAUACUCUAAGUAUUAUAAAGUGAUAAUUUUACUACGUUAAAGUAUAUGUCGAACAAUGUACCUUAGAUGAUUGUUAAUUAUGCUUAUUAGUAAUAUUAUAAUAUGAAAUACGUAUUAGAAAUUAAUAAUCACACGCAACAUCAUGAAUGAAGAUAAAACUGGCGACAAUGCUAGACCUUACAAACUAGCCCAUCAAGUUGUAAGCUUAACAGGCAUUAGUUUUCAGCGUAGAAAUAUAUUGGGAAUGGUAGAAUUGACAAUUAUAUCAUUAAAAAAUAAUCUCAAAUUUAUAAAACUAAAUGCAAAACAAUGUCGUAUAUAUUGUGUUACUGUUAAUGAAAAUAUUGAAGUUCCUUUUCAAUAUUUUGAUCCAUUUGUUGAUAUUACUCAAGAUAAAAAUGAAGAACCUACAUUAAGUGCAUUUUCUACUUGUCAUUACAAUGCUGCUCAAAUAACUGACCCUGAUAAUAACAAUGGAGAAUUAGUCAUUAGUCUUCCUAAUGAAGUAUCAAAUUCUAUAACUGAUGGAACUACUGUUAAAAUAAGUGUUGAAUAUUCCUUAGAACAGCCUAGUGGUGGUGUCCAUUUUGUUAUUCCUGAGGGAGAUGGUUCUUUAGUAGAGAGACGAGCUCACAUGUUUACUAUGUGUUUUGAAAAUUCUUCCCGAUUGUGGUUUCCUUGUGUCGAUAGUUAUGCAGAACCAUGUACAUGGGACUUAGAAUUUACAGUGGAUGAAAAUAUGACUGCCGUAUCUUGUGGAGAUUUAAUUGAAGUUGUUGCUGCUCCUGAUUUAAGGCGUAAAACAUAUUAUUAUAAUUUAUCAAUGCCUACUAGUGCACCAAAUAUAGCUCUAGCAGUAGGACCUUUCGAAAUUUAUGUGGACCCAACUAUGCAUAUAAUUACUCACUUUUGUUUACCGGGCCUUUUGGAGCUUUUGCCUACAGCUGCUAAGUACACUCAUGAAGCAUUAGAAUUUUAUGAAGAUACCUUAUCCAAUGGUUAUCCUUAUAGUUGUUAUAAACAAGUAUUUGUUGAUGAAACUCCUACAGAUUAUGCUUCAUAUGCAUCAUUGGGCAUUAUGAGUGUUAACCUUUUACAUCCAAAACAAAUUAUUGAUCAAGUUUAUAUUUCAAAAAAAAUUUUGGCUCAAGUUAUGGCUGAACAAUUUUUUGGUUGUUUCAUUUCAACUCAAAAUUGGUCAGAUUGGUGGCUUACUUGUGGCAUAGCACUUUAUAUGUCUGGUCUCUUUGCAAAAAAAUGUUUUGGAAAUAACUCUUAUCGAGAAUGGAUUCAUAAUGAAUUAACUAGCUUAGUACGAUAUGAAGAAGAAAUUGGACCUAUAGUAUUAGAUCCUACACAACAACCAGCUCCAAUAAGUAGUGUUAGCCCUGGAGGAUCUUCUAAUCCUGGAUUUACUUUAUCUUUUAAUAAUGUGCAAAACACUUAUGAAACUUCAAAUUUUUAUUUUUCUACUCGUAGUUUACACACAAUAUCACCUCGUUAUUUUCAUUUCAUGACGAAAAAAGCACAUCUUGUUAUAAGAAUGUUAGAAAAUCGUAUUGGGUAUUCAUUAUUAUUACAGGUUUUGAACAAGCAUUUAUCUUUAGCAAGUAACGCAUCUCAAAAUCCUAUGAAUUCUGGUUUAUGGGGUCACAUGUUAAUCAGUACUAACAUAUUUAAUAAAACUAUUUUUACUGUAUCAGGCAUAGAUAUGUCUGUAUUCAUUGAUCAGUGGGUUCGGACUGGUGGUCAUGCUAAAUUUACUUGUACUUUUGUAUUUAACAGAAAAAGAAAUACAUUGGAACUGGAAAUUAAACAAGAUGCUGUUUCUCAAAGGGGUAUUCGAAAAUAUGUUGGUCCAUUGUUGGUCAGUAUUCAAGAAUUAGAUGGUCCAUUUAAGCAUACAUUACAAGUUGAAGGUAAUGUGGCUCGAGCAGAUAUCACGUGUCAUUCAAAAAGUAGACGAAAUAAGAAGAAAAAAAUUCCAUUGUGUACUGGAGAUGAAGUGGAUAUUGAUCUAAAUGCUAUGGAUAAUGAUUCUCCGGUAUUAUGGAUUCGAUUGGAUCCUGAAAUGACUAUUUUACGCAGUUGUAUUAUAGAACAACCUGAGUAUCAAUGGAAUUAUCAACUACGACAUGAAAAAGAUGUAACCGCUCAGAUGGAAGCAGUAAUAGCUCUUGAUAAAUUUCCUACAAUAUCUACACGUAAUGCUUUAUGUGAUAUUAUUGAAAAUGAACAAGUAUAUAUUCAUGUGCGUUGUAAAGCAGCUCAUUGUUUAACAAAAAUUGCAAAUGCAAUGGUAACUAAUUGGACAGGUCCUCCAGCAAUGUUAGGGACGUUUAAAAAAAUGUUUGGAUCAUUUUCAUGUCCUCAUAUUAUUAAACAAAAUAAUUUCUCAAACCUACAACAUUACUAUCUUCAAAAGACUAUUCCAAUCGCUAUGGCUGGUUUAAGAAAUUCACAUGGAAUCUGCCCUCCUGAAAUAUUAAAAUUCAUUUUAGAUUUAUUUAAGUACAAUGAUAAUAGUAAAAAUAGAUAUUCUGAUAAUUACUAUAGAGCUUCUUUAAUUGAUGCUCUUGGUGCGACUAUUACACCAGUAAUAUCUUUAAUGCAAAAAGCAUGUGAUAUUACUGCAGAUUCACUUUCAGGAGAUUCAAAACUAAUACUUGAAGAAAUAACGCAACAUUUAAAUUUAGAAAAACGUUUGCAGACUUAUAAAUAUCCAAUAUCAAUAGCCUGUUUAAAAGCAAUCAGAAAGUUACAAAAAUUUGGUCAUUUACCAAAUAACCCAAAUAUAUUUCGUUCUUAUUCGUUAUAUGGCAAUUUUAUUGACGUAAGGUUGUGUGCUUUAGAAGCAUUAGUUGAUUUCACUUGUCUAGAUGGACGUUGGGACGAUUUAAAAUAUCUUAUUGAUAUAGCAGACAGUGAUCCUGAUCCAAAAGUUAGGAAUGAACUUGUUCGUAUGCUAUGUAAAAAUCCACCAUUUACUCCUAAAAAACCAAAUAAUCGAUUAAAUAAUGAAUACUUGUCUCAUCAUUUAUGGAAACUUAUUAAUUCUUUGUUAUCUUAUGAUACAACAUUGCGAUGUAAUUUUGUUGAUCUGUACUAUACUUUAUUUGGGCGGCAAAAGAUUUUACGAUCCGAAGUUGCUGCUCUGUACAAACCAAUCAAAGUGGAAGUAGAAGCAAAAUCAUGUACUCUUCCAAAUAUUAUUGUUGAACCAGAUAAUAAUUCUAAUUGUGACCGUGGUAUUAAGAGAUCUAUUGAUCAUGAUCCACAAUUAGAAGUUCCAGAAAUUGUCGAUAUCAAAGUUGAGGACGAAAUUUUACAAAAUGAAUUUGAUAAUGAUUUACAUUAUGAAAAGAAAAUAAAGGCAGAAAUCAAAGAUGAAAUCGAAGUGAUAAAAGAUGAAGUUAAAGAUGUUAAUUUAAUGCAUAGUAGAUCUUCAUUUGAAAUAACUGAAAGCAAAUCUAAGACGGGUUAUUUCUCUGAAAAUUCUGCUUCACUUCCUGGAAUCAUGGUAUCUAAUUCUUCUGGUCCAAUUGGAUUUGAACCGGGAAUGUUUAAUGUAAAACCUGAAGAUCAGUCUACUAAGCCAGUAAUAGUUCAAAAUGAAAAUAAACAUCAUCAUCACCACCACCACCACCAUCAUCACCAUCAUAGUAAAAUAGACGGAGCCAGUAAUUCUAGCAAAAAGAAAAAGAAGGACAAAAAAAAACACAAGCAUAAACAUAAACAUAAACAUGAGCAUAAGCAUAAACAAGAUAAAAUAAAAGAAAAGGCAAAAGAGGACAAUACAAUUAUUAAAGUAAAAGAAGAAACUUUAACAUCGGGAAGUUCUAGUAGUGAUGAUACAUCAAGAGAUUUGAGUAUAUUUAUAUAAUUUAUGUAGACCUUUUAGUUCUUUAUUUUGUGCUAAUUUAUAUAUACUUUAUAAUUACUA